GGUCCGUCUGCGAACGUGUUCCCCUGGCUGCGGCCGCGCGGAGUGGUCCUAGGGGCUGGCUUCAGGCUCCUCCGCAGCCUGGCGGGUCCCGGGCGGGCGCCGAGAUGCGCGCCCUCCUCUGCCUGUUCCUGGUCUUCGCUGGCUGCACCUUUGCCUUGUACUUGCUGUCGACUCGACUGCCCCGCGUACCGACACGGGGCUCCUCAGAGGACACUGAAGGCAGGUCACUGUGGUUCCCCUCUGACCUGGCCGAGUUGCGGGAGCUCUCCGAGGUCCUGCGAGACUACCGGAAGGAGCACCAGGCCUACGUGUUCCUGCUCUUCUGCAGUGCCUACCUCUACAAGCAGUGCUUUGCCAUCCCUGGCUCCAGCUUCUUGAACGUUUUAGCUGGUGCUCUGUUUGGGCCAUGGCUAGGGCUUCUGCUGUGCUGUGUGUUGACAUCGGUGGGUGCCACGUGCUGCUACCUGCUUUCCAGUAUGUUUGGCAAACAACUGGUGGUCUCCUACUUCCCUGAUAAAGUGGCCCCACUGCAGAGGAAGGUGGAGGAGAACAGAAACAGCUUGUUUUUUUUCCUACUGUUUUUGAGACUUUUCCCCAUGACACCAAACUGGUUCUUGAACCUCUCGGCCCCGAUUCUGAACAUCCCCAUUGAGCAGUUCUUCUUCUCUGUUCUUAUCGGUUUGAUCCCCUACAACUUCAUCUGCGUGCAGACAGGCUCCAUCCUGUCCACCCUCACCUCUCUGGAUGCACUUUUCUCCUGGGGGACUGUCUUCAAGCUGUUGGCCAUCGCUCUGGUGGCUCUAGUUCCUGGAACUCUCAUUAAAAAGUUUAGUCAGAAAGACCUGCAUUUGAGCGAAACAAGCAACACCAAUCAUCUAAGUAACAGAAAGGGCAUGUGAUCCGGGGCUUGGGCGCUGGGUCCCUGUUGCCCGUGUGUGUAGCGGGUGCGGUCCUCGACAGCCUGUCACUGUUUUUUUGUCAUCCUCAACAGGUGGUUUGGACAGUGUUCAUCUGUGUGCAGUGUCUUGUCAUAAAGGACACUGCUCUAGAGGGCGAAUUAUACCAGGUUUAGUAGGACACUCUGUCAAAUGGAUAGCCUCUUAGAAAAUCGUUUAUGUUUUAUCGACAAGGAGCUCGGGGAAGUCUGCUGUGUUCGUCUCUUGCCAAGCCCUGAGCCGCGUCGGGGGAGCAUGCUGACCCUCCCUGUCCAGAGCGCCUCUUUGCAACGUGACAGGCUGUUGUGACAGGUGUUCUGUUAAGUCCCUGGUGUGUGUUACUAGUGUAAACGAUGGCCUGUGAACCCGUGUCACUGACCUCACUCUUCAUCUUGUUAGUCCCGUGAACAGUGUUUCUUCUGCACUUUUUUUGCUGAUGACCUACCUCUUCCGUAAACCAAGGGGAAGACGCCACCAAACUGCUUAGCACUUCCACGUGCCCCUCAGAUGCAGUGACUUCCGUGACGCCCUUUGUGUCCAGGCACUGGUGUCCUCGUGUGUGUCACGUUUCCUCUUGGUGGCACAUCCUGACAAUCACGGUGAUUGCAAUCCCCGAGACAGACGAUUAAAUAUGAGUGGAGCAAACUCUGUAUUUUAUGGAUAUGGUCGGGAGAAAUCCCUGUCCACCUGGACAGUGCAGGGCCCUUGACUCACCCGGACCAAGUGGCCAUCAGUACAUUUUCUGAUCUGUCCUUUCUGGGUGGCAAGCCCUUCUCUGCCCUGCCGGGGGAUGGAUUCAGUGCAGUCAGACAUGAGCUGGUGUAUCCUCCGAGUGCUUUUCAGUUUGUCAUUUGCCAAGAAUAACUUGAGGAAUAGUGAUAUUUUAUCUUCUCAUUCUGAGAGGAAAACUUGGGUUGAGGUCACUUUGUUCUGUAGUGUUUCAAUUACCUGUAGCCGCCGUUGCUCCCUGAGUCAGCAUUAUUGAAUUGGCACAGACCUGGGUUAGUACUUCCCAGGGCAGAAGGACCUCCGCACCUACACUGACCAGCUGUGGGAUCCUGUCCCCUGCAGGAAUAGCUCCGUUCUCACCAGAACUGUUGCCCCUGGGCAUGGUCUGCUGGGUUUUUGAUUUGGCUUGGCCAAGAAUCUUGCCGAGGUUUUAAUCUAGGCCACAUGUUCAACAUGAAUUCUUGAGAAUGAAUUCCCAAGCAUUGUGUUUUGUACUCAUAUGACCCAAAACAACGAAAACCACAACAAAGAAGUGUUGCUUUAAAAGAAGCUUGAUAACAAGGGUGGGAUUGAAGAGGAGGCCGACCAGACUUUGGAAUCCGUGGCUGUAUUCCCGGAGGAGGGGAAGGGAGGGGGAGACAAGGAGGCUUUCCACACUUUUCCCUUCACUGGGAUCCUGAGAUUGGUCUCCCCCCUGCACCCUUCAUAAUCAUGCAACAAUGUGCCUUAGCAGUUGUGAGUUUACAGGCAAAGCAAUUUCCCAAAUAAAUGGAUGUAAAUGUUU